AGUAUCUAAAAUUAUUCCUUUUUCGAACCAAGUGAAACUUGUUUUGCUUCUGAUUAGCUAGUGUUUUACGCGCAUACACUUACUAUUUUUUUUUUGAAAAAAAACAUGGGCCAAAAUCACUCACGUUCUAUUAACAAUAAUAAAAGGCGUCGUUCACUCAUAAAAGUUAGAGAUUUGAUUAUUUCUGAAAAAUAUGAGAGUAAUGAAAAUAAAGCUGAUAUCGCAGAACAAUAUUUAACCGGAGAAUGUCAUGACGAUGACCCAAGCACAGCAUUGAAGGAAGAAUAUCUUAACAAGUUUUCUGAUAAGUUAAACUCUGAUCCAAAAAAUCGACUAGCAUUGAAUGCUAUUUCUGGCGAUGACAUGUCAAAAAUUUUGUUAAAUCGUGAGACCAUCAUAGAUGACCUUCACGUAUAUUCCGAACAAAUUGAAUUGGAAGGCAAAGCUACUAAUCAAAAAUCUUCUGGACGUUGUUGGUUAUUUGCUGCCACUAAUGUUUUGCGUUUGAUUAUUAUGAAAAAAUAUAAGUUAGAUGACUUCGAAUUAUCACAACCUUUCUUAUUUUUUUAUGACAAAUUGGAAAAGGCUAAUUAUUUCCUUGAAAAUAUGAUUGAACUAGUUAACGAGGAUGUCGAUUCUCGUUUGAUUCAAUACUUAAUUAAGUCACCAGUUGAAGAUGGAGGCCAAUGGGACAUGGUCAUUAAUCUUUUGGAAAAAUAUGGUGUUGUCCCUAAAUCUGUUUUCCCUGAAAGUUAUAAUUCUUCUAAUUCUGCUAGACUUAAUUGGUUAGUGGCAACUAAAUUACGUGAAUUUGCAUUUCAAUUACGUGAAUUAAAUGCCUCUGGAAAGGAUGUAAAUACUUUAAGAAAUGCAAAAAUUAUGAUGAUGGAAGAGAUUUACAGAAUUAUUGCUAUUUCGCUUGGUGAACCACCCAAAGAAUUUGAUUGGACUUUUAGAGAUGGAAAUGGCAAAUAUCAUAGCCAUAAAGGUUUAACUUCAAAGAGUUUUUAUCAAGAUUUUAUUGGAUAUAAGGCAACUGAGACUUAUUCGCUCGUAAAUGAUCCUCGUAAUGAAUAUCUUCGUCUUUAUACUGUUAAAUAUCUUGGUAACAUUCAAGGAGGCCUUCCGAUUCGCUAUGUGAAUAUUUCAAUGGAUGUUAUGAAACGUCUUUCAAUUGACACAUUACGUUCUGGAAAGCCAGUAUGGUUUGGUUCAGAUUCUGGAAAAGGAAUUCAUGUACCUUCAGGAAUUUUUGAUAAUAGAAUUAUUGAUUAUGAAUUAGGUUUUAAUAUUAAAUUUGAAUUGACUAAGGCAAAAAGAUUACAAUAUGCACAAAGUGCAAUGACUCAUGCUAUGGUCUUAACUGGUGUUCAUCUUGACAAUGAUAAACCUGUUCGUUGGAGAGUUGAAAAUUCUUGGGGAGAUUCUCGUGGAGAUAAAGGUUAUUUUGUAAUGUCUGACGAUUGGUUUAGUGAUUGGGUUUAUCAAAUAGUUUUGGAAAAGAAUGAUACACCCAAAGAGUUAGUUGAUGUAUUAGAUCAAAGCCCUAUAGUAUUACCUGCUUGGGAUCCUAUGGGUGCUCUUGCCAUGUAAUUUAAUAUAAUGUGUACAAAAACAUGUUACACUAUAGUAUAUAACUUAGAAUAUUUCUUUAUGUAUUUAAGAAUAUAUUAUUUAUGUAAGUUUAUAAUUUAAAUAAAGAUACCAGGUAAUUUA